AUGGAGUACACGACGCAGUCAUAUGUGACGGAUGGGGUAGACAUCGCGAAGACCCACUUGGGAGAACAGAUGUCAAUAGACACGAAAGGAAGGGUUAUGAACCAACGGAUAUACGCAAAGACCUCUACGGGCAAGGGCUACGACGCGAAAACCGAGGCACCAGAUGACGAGCAUCCCAUCUCGCUUUUGGCGACACAAGCGGAGAUAGACAGCAGAAAGGACACUGUCCAAUACCUAGUAGUGGGUAUCAUCAUAGCAAAGGAACCCGGGAGGUAUGCCACCUCGGGUCAAGGCCCGUCCCGCAACAAAGGCAGAGACGCCGAACGAAAAUCGAGAGGAGUCCUACCCAGGGAGCCAAACGUCCUACGCGCGUUGGUUCCUGUCACAGCGCAUUUAGACCCUACAAGCACACCUUUAUAUCGCAUUGCCUAUGGGCAAGAAAACGGGAUAUGCAAGGUGAAGCCAAUGGUCUUCGAGAACAUAUUUUUUUUCCCGGAAAUUUGGGAACGGGUAAGUGCAAAAAAUGCAAAAGAGAAGAAGACGGAGAUUGGUCAGAUAUGUAAGAGCCUGGCAGCGGACUCCCAGAAUCCACCGGAGAGAAAUGUUAUAUCUAUAAAAAAGCGAAGAUCAAACACAAAUCAGCCCGAAAGGGAGUUCACUGUCAGCGCUCAAGUGAAUUCCGCGAACAGACUAAAAUUGCAGCAUGAUGUUUUCAUGAUCUCCAAGUCCGCCGUUGCUUUGCAAGCCUUACAAGAAACGAUCAGAAGCAUUUUACCGGACCUGAGGUGCAAACCCAAUAACGCUGCCAUUCUGGAAUUCUUGCAGUAUGAAAAGGCCCUGGAUGCAGAAGAAACAGAAUCUUUGAUAUCAGCAAUCCAAAAGACAUAUCCUGAACUGCCCUUGAUGAAAAAGGAAGUAGUGAAUAGCCUACACCAAUCACUGUGUAGGACUGGUCUUGGACCAAAACUGCCGUACAAGUUUCUCAUCCAGUUCCUUCGAUUUGGACACGAACGUGUAGAGACAAGAGACAUGAACGAUAAUUCAGUAGACCAGGUCGUUGAAUCAACCCUAAAGGACAUCUCGAUAUGGGCUGAAAUGGAGACGCUACAAAGGACGCCGGCCAAAUGUGUGGACCAACGACGAAGUCUCGAAUUCUUGGGCGGAAUAUGUAACGAAUUGAAAGAUGUCGUUGCGUUUUUGGAGCGGCAAGCGCAAGCGCUCCGGGAGCAGCAUGGUGGGCUGACCAUGCACAAGUCAGUAGAGGAACUGUCUGCCAAGAUAGGCCAAUGUGCGGGUGCAGCAGCACUACAACUGCUAGAGGAACAAUGGUUUGCGCUUCAUGCCGAUCAAAUGGCAAUGAGUAACCAAGGAGGCACCAACAGGAUCAGGGAGCUAAUAACUAUUAUCGAGCGAUACAUUACUGGUUGUGAACAUUUAUGA